AUGUUUGCUGUUCGUCUAGGAACAAUUGUGAUUUGUUUAACAAUAAGACAUCAUGUAACAACGAAAAGUCUUGCAAUUAUUCUAUCGAUGUCGUUCUUUUUUCUUCUAUUAUCUUGUCUUUUGGAUUAUUAUCAUUAUCGUAUUUGGUGGCAUUAUAAACCAGAAUUUACUGGUCUUGAAUUCGAUUUUAUAAUGCCAACGACACCACUUUCACGAAAACAUAAGCGAUAUAUUCCUUAUCAUUUAUUAGGCGAUUAUCGAACCGAAAGUUUCGGUGAUAAAACAUGUUCUGCCGGUUCUCAGUGUGAAAAUCGUCAAUUAGAACAUAUAUUUAUAUUUCAUUUUCGAGGUCAUAAUCCUCAAAAACGGUAUUUUGAUAUACUUCCAUCAAAGAACAAGAAAAAUAUUUAUAUUGGUUUUCAUCAAACAGAUCCAUCUUCAGCUAUUCUUAUUGCUCAUUCAGAUUUUAUGAUUAGUACAAAAUAUGAAAGUACAAUGAUUGGUCAUGGAGUUUAUUUUGCUCGAUCAAGAGAAGGUACAGACAGAAAAGCUAAUCGUCAUGGAGCUUUUUUAUGUGCUGAAAUUUAUAUGGGAAAUGUCCUUCGAAUAAAUCCAGAUCAAAGACAGUUGUAUCGAGGGAAAAAUGAUUGGUGGGAAGAAUAUGAUACAACUUAUUUUUGNAGUACAAAAUAUGAAAGUACAAUGAUUGGUCAUGGAGUUUAUUUUGCUCGAUCAAGAGAAGGUACAGACAGAAAAGCUAAUCGUCAUGGAGCUUUUUUAUGUGCUGAAAUUUAUAUGGGAAAUGUUCUUCGAAUAAAUCCAGAUCAAAGAAAUUUGUAUCGAGGGAAAAAUGAUUGGUGGGAAGAAUAUGAUACAGCUUAUUUUUGUCAUACAGAUCCAAAAUUAGAUGAAUUUUGUGUGAAAAGUCCAGAUCAAGUAUUAAGAUGGAUUGUAGUCAUUGAAAAAGAAUUUGAUGAAAGAGUUAAUAAAUAUGGAUUAAAUAUAGAAUUUAGUGAUACAAAAUGUGGAUGCUUUUAA